CAGCGACACUGUUUCAGGCUGCAGGAGACCCCAGCCAUCCCCACAGCUUUUCUAUUCCUUUCGUCUUUGUCUGUUUUCGUGUUUUGCCUGGUUUACCGAUGGAAUCUUACCGUGCUUUUUGGAAUCUUCGGUUUGCGACCAGGACAUGCUGCCACUCUAACGGUUUCACUCGGGCCCGACCCCCGUUAGAGCUUGACCCUUUUUCCCCGAGAUCCUACCUGAGGUAGCGGUCGUAAAGGGGAUAUAGUGGUUGAGGGGUAAAUAAGGUCAUGCAAUAC